GCGAACGAAGCAGAUGGAAGAUGCGAGUGCGAGUUAUGUCGCACAAUUUCGCGGCGUUCGGAGCCUGUACGGUAUAUUUGCGUUUUUAUAUUCAAUAAACAAACAAACAUAGUGCGGAAAAGUAGACAAUUGUGUUGUGCGAUGUGAAUCCGCUUGUGAAGGUGUGAACGAAAUGUUUCGGAAGUACGAGAGACUUUCAACUAUGUGCAAGAAGUUACCGAGAUCGAGGUUAGGGUCUGCCGUGCGUCAUCAUACCGAAGAAGAUUCUUCGCGUGGGUGAAGAACUGUUAGCAACGGUUAAUUGAUAAAAGUAUCGUGACAUACUUUAUAAAUAAUCUCUCACCAUGGCUCCGCCGGAUCCAUCGAUGCAGAUGAACACCUAUCGGUCGUACGUGACCAUGCUGGCUGACCCUGGCUCAAAGGACGAACUGAAGCUUAAGGCAGCACAAGAGUUGUCUGAAAACUUUGAGGUGAUCAUGUGUUCGCCCCAGUACCCAGCAUUCCUCGACCAUUUGAUGAAAAUAUUUUUGAAAAUCCUACAAGACGGAGAGCCGCAUUUCAUAUCGGAGUACAACAUACAGCAGGUCCGGAAGCUCAUAUUAGAAAUGAUACACAGGCUGCCAACGAACGAGUAUCUCAGAACGUACGUUAAGCAGAUACUUAGCUUGAUGCUGAAGCUGUUGGAAACUGAGAACGAAGAGAACAUACUGGUUUGCCUGAGGAUCAUUAUCGAGCUACACAAGCAGUACAGACCCACCUUUAAUCCCGAGAUUCAACAUUUUUUACAAUUCGUCAAAUCGAUAUACAGUGAACUUCCGACACAUUUACCGAAUAUAUUUGAGCCUAGACCAGCCCUCAAAGUUAAGGACUUGUCCGAAAUAAACAUUGAAGCCCUGUUAACUGAAACAUUUACUAUCACCACCAUUCAGUGCGGGGAGAAAGCUGCAGACGGCACCGUUGUCACCUACAAUCUAAUACCGAAGGCAGUGUUGUCUUUAAAAGUACUUCAAGAAUUGCCGAUAAUUGUGGUAUUGAUGUACCAAAUAUACAAGCAGAACGUCCAUCAGGACGUGUCGGAUUUCAUACCGCUGAUAAUGACAACAAUAACGCUUCAACCGAGCCUCCAGCACAGAGCAUCGCCUGGCUUCAACAAGGAAGUAUUCGUCGAUUUCAUGGGCGCCCAGAUAAAGACGCUCUCGUUUCUCGCAUAUAUAAUAAGAAUUUACCAGGACGUAGUAUCUCAACACAGUGCGAUGAUGGUGAAAGGCAUGCUGGGACUACUCACCCUGUGUCCAAUGGAAGUGGCGCAUCUGCGAAAAGAACUGCUUAUAGCUGCCAGGCACAUUCUCGCAACUGAUUUGAGGAACAAGUUCGUUCCCCACAUGGAACGCCUCUUUGAUGAGGACGUUCUCCUGGGUCACGGUUGGACGACUCACGAGUCCCUCCGGCCGUUGGCUUAUUCGACGCUGGCUGAUCUCGUCCACCAUGUCAGACAGCUUCUGCCCCUUAGUGAUCUGGCCAGAGCCGUUCACCUGUUCAGUAAAAACGUCCACGAUCAGAGUCUGCCGACCACGAUACAGACGAUGUCGUGCAAGCUGUUGCUUAACUUGGUUGAAUGCAUACGUCAGAGAUCUGAUGCUGAAAACAGCAAUCAGGGGAGAGAACUGUUGAUGCGGAUGCUAGAGGUUUUCGUUUUGAAGUUCAAGACUAUAACUAAACUCCAGAUGCCGGUACUACUGGGCAAGACCAAGCAGCUUCAGGCGUUGGCGAACGAGACAAAGACCGAGGACACCAAAUCGAGCAUUGUGGACCUUAACGCGGAGGACAAAGACGCCGGAAAGUCGAAGUUUGGAUUCCCCCCAUCGCAGGCGAUGAACUACAAUGUUGCAGAUUAUAGGAGUCUGGUCAAGACUCUCGUUUGCGGUGUUAAAACAAUCACUUGGGGCUGUGCUAAUUGUAAAUCUGGCGAGGUACCACAGUCGAAACAGUUUCAGCCUAAGGAAACUCUGGUUUUCAUCAGACUGGUCAAGUGGGCGCUGCAGGCUCUUGACAUUUACACCAUCGGACCGCCGGCAGCUGGCGCUAUCGCACAACCCGGCAGACCGGCUCAACCGCAAACUGUUAGAACCAAAGAAGAAAAGGAAGUACUCGAGCAUUUUAGCGGUGUAUUUUCUAUGAUGAACCCGCAAACGUUUCAGGAAAUAUUUUCCACUACCAUUGACUACAUGGUUGAGAGGAUAUUUAAAAACUGCGCCCUGCAGAUAGUCGGCAACUCGUUUCUGGCAAAUCCUACAACUUCACCGAUAUUUGCUACCGUCCUUGUCGAGUAUCUGCUUGAGCGGAUGGACGACAUGGGGUCAAAUGUUGAGAGGAGCAACCUCUAUUUGAGACUUUUCAAGCUCGUUUUUGGAAGCGUGUCACUAUUCCCGGCGGAAAACGAACAUAUGCUAAGGCCUCAUCUUCAUCAGAUCGUCAAUCGUUCAAUGGAGCUUGCCAUGUCGGCCAAAGAACCUUAUAACUAUUUUCUACUGCUCAGGGCGCUUUUCCGAUCAAUCGGUGGUGGUUCACAUGAUUUACUUUACCAGGAGUUUCUACCACUGCUUCCCAAUCUGCUCGAAGGAUUGAACAGGCUUCAGUCUGGACUGCAUAAACAGCACAUGAAAGAUCUUUUCGUCGAACUCUGUCUCACGGUUCCUGUACGGCUCAGCUCGCUGCUUCCUUACCUACCGAUGCUGAUGGACCCGCUCGUCUCGGCACUAAACGGCAGCCAUACGCUGGUAAGUCAAGGUCUGAGGACGCUUGAAUUAUGUGUGGAUAAUUUGCAGCCGGACUUUUUGUAUGAGCACAUUCAGCCAGUGAGAGCUGACCUUAUGCAAGCGCUGUGGAGAACCUUGAGAAACCCGACGGAUCAAGUAGCACACGUGGCGUUCAGAGUUCUGGGUAAAUUUGGUGGCGGUAAUCGAAAGAUGAUGAUUGAACCACAGAAAUUGGAGUAUAACGACAGGGAGACAAACUCGCCAGCUAUCGUUGCCUUCUUCCACGAAUCGGCUAAACCGAUCGAUUUUCCAGUCGAAAAAGCUAUAGAAACCGCAUUUGCAGCACUUAAAUCUAAUACCACUGAUCCUUUCUACAGGCGGCAGUGCUGGGAAGUGAUACGGUGCUAUUUGGCCGCAUCUCUCAAACUUGACGACGACAAACUGACACUGUAUAAAUUGUUUAUGCACCCAAGCUUCAAAGAGGGAAGAAUACCCCGACAACAAGGUCCGCGGUACAAGUGCAGCGACACCGUGGCGAGGAACGUUCACCAGACCGCGUUAACCGGACUCUUCGUAGCAGCUGCGAUAAAGGAACUGCGUCACUCUGUUUUGGGUAACAUGGUUGCCUUGGUCAGACACUACACGAUGGUAGCUAUCGCCCAGCAAGCUGGACCGUUUUGUUUGAUGGGGAAACAAAUCCGACUUCAGGGGCUUGAUCCGUUGGUACUAAUCGAUGCAUUGACAGUGAUAAUGGGACACGAGGAGAAGGAACUGUGCAAACCGGGAAAUCUUGCACUUGUACUAAUACUUGAAACUGCUACGAAUAUCCUGGGCUCAAGGGAACGAGCCUGCCAGUUACCACUGAUGGAAUAUUUGGCCGAGCGGAUGUGCUCUUUGUGUUACGAGCGCGCCUGGUACGCGAAAUUAGGAGGAUGCACGGCGAUAAAGUUUUUGUACGAGAGAAUGGCGACCAAGUGGGUACUCGAUCAUUUAUUCGUCUUUCUCAAAGCCCUGAUGUUCGUCAUGAUGGAUUUAACCGGUGAAGUUUCGAACGGGGCUAUUGAUAUGGCGAAGGGAAACCUCGAGAAGAUGCUCAGGGUGUGCGCAAACCCUGGAAUUCAAGAUGGCAACACUGAUCUCACAGAAUCUCAGAACAAAAGCCUCUACGAAGUCACUCACGAGCUGGUCAGACAGGUCACAUCGCCGCACACGAUGGUCCGCGAACAGGCGAUGGCAUCCUUACGUCUACUCGGUGAAAUUCAGAACAAAACUGUCACCGAAGUAAUGGAACCGCACAAAGAAGUCUUGGCCGAUAUGAUUCCGCCAAAGAAGCAUCUGCUCCGACAUCAGCCGGCAAACGCGCAGAUCGGUCUCAUGGACGGUAAUACCUUCUGCACAACACUUGAGCCGCGAUUAUUCACCAUCGAUUUAACGGUUGUGGAGCACAAAGUUUUCUUCAAGGAACUUUUAGCACUGAGUGAAGCCGAGGACGCGAAUCUGAACAAACUUCCGUGCUACAAAUCUGUCUCGAAUCUAAUACCUUUGAGAAAAUCAGCGCUUAAGGCACUGGCCGCUUGCCACUACGUGGUAUCUUGUCGUGAGAACAUAUUCGGCGUGCUUUAUAAAGCACUGGAGAAACCGAACGCUGAGUUGCAGGAAGCCGCCUUUGAGUGUAUGAAGAAAUUUAUCGCUGGAUUUCAAAUUGACAUGGAGUCCGUUCACGCGAUUAUGCGACCGAUGCUGUUAACUCUAGGCGAUCAUAGAAAUCUCAGUCUGAAUUGUGUCAAGCGACUUUCGUACCUUACCCAACUCUUUCCGAGCACAUUCAGCAUCACGCUUUGCGAACAGCUGCUUCAGCACCUUAAGAAACUGCUUGAAAACGCUAUUCAAGCUCGCAAGGGCGUUUCAAAGUCUGGCGAAAGCGAGCAGAAAAUCGCAAUCAUUAUCAGUAUAUUCCAUCAGAUACCUGCAGCUACACCGAAGUUUAUAGACGUCCUCUGCAGACUUGUUUUACAGACGGAAAAAUCACUUCUCGUCGAGGCGUCCAGUCCAUUCAGAGUUCCUCUGAUGAAAUUCCUGCUCAGAUAUCCAGCCGAAACCUUGAACCUGUUUUUGCACGACAAUAAUAUAAAGGAUCAACAAUGGAGCAGGUAUCUGGAGUUCCUGAUCAAGCACAAGGAUGGAAAACCGUUCAGAGAUGUUCUUCGCAACAGCACAGCUAGACUGACGACCAUGCUGUUGGCCCACUCGCAAACAAAUUCCAGCCUAACCGCGGCGGAAAAAAGCGAGCUGCAACAUCAGGCGGUGCGGAUUAUAUCUAUUUUAAUUAAAUUUGACGAACAAUGGUUCUCGACUCAGGGACAGCUCGUUGCUGCGCUGAAGCAAAUCUGGUGCAAUGACGAAUAUCAGGCGCUUCACAAAAAAGUUGACAGCGUUGAUUUUUGGCACUGGAAAGAGCCAAAGCUAAUUGUAAAAAUAUUAUUGCAUUACUUCGGACAUCGGCCGAACGACAUUGACCUUCUGUUCCAACUACUCAGAGCAACCUGUGACAGAUUUGUACCGGACUUCCAGUUCCUCAGGGACUUUUUGGAGAACACUGUUGCCCAGGAAUACACCGUUGAGUGGAAAAGGAACGCGUUCUUUAGAUUUGUCGAACAUUUCCCAACCAACAAUAUGUCUCAAGAGUUGAAAGCCAAGGUUUUGCAGCUCAUUAUUAUACCAUGCUUUGCCACCAGCUUCGAGCGUGGAGAGGGACUCAAACUUGUUGGAAGUGCUCCAAUGCCGUACCAAGACAAUCCAGAGAACGUCGUCUCUGUGUUUAUCAGUAAAAUAAUUGAUCCUGACAAUCCGUUCGGAUUUGCGGACUGCGUGCGCAUUUCCUUACUUCAGUUCUCCUGCCUUCUUGUCGAACAAGUCUCACAGCAUAUCCAUGACGUAUCGAACAAAAAGCAGGGCACCAAGCUUCGUCGGCUUAUGACAUUUGCCUGGCCGUGUCUUCUCGGUAAAAAUUGCGUCGAUCCAGCGACGAGGUACCACGGUCACCUGCUACUGAGUCAUAUCAUAGCGAAAUUUGCAAUUCACAAACGUAUCGUGCUCCAAGUGUUUCAUAGCCUUCUAAAGGCGCAUGCUGUGGAAGCGAGAAACGUCGUUAGGCAAGCACUGGAAAUACUUACACCCGCGAUGCCAGUUAGGAUGGAAGAUGGUAACACGAUGCUGACGCAUUGGACAAAAAAGAUAAUCGUUGAAGAGGGACAUUCCAUGCAGCAACUUUUCCAUAUUUUGCAGUUGGUUGUGCGCCACUACAAAGUCUAUUACCCGGUAAGGCAUCAACUGGUACAGCACAUGGUGAACUCGAUUCAGAGGCUCGGAUUCAGCCCGACAGCUACCAUCGAGCACAGACGAUUGGCCGUCGAAUUAGCCGAGGUUAUAAUUAAGUGGGAGUUACACCGUAUCAAGGAUGAAGCUGAGAACGUGGAGACCGGCGGUACCGGAACGAUGACGGGUGCUGUAAAACGCCCAUCGACGGAUGACGCGAGUGGGACAAAGCGUCUGGCUGUUCAGGCGACGACAAGCUCCGCCACAUUGCCUUUGAUAACACCGAAGAUAGAACCCGGGGCGACAAAGCCCAUUGAAAGAGCUCAUGCUGAUGCAGUGUUGAACUUCUUGUUACGUCUGGCGUGUCAGGUGAACGACGCUACAACGACGCCGGGUAACCCAGGUGAACAGCUAUCCAGACGCUGUGUAACGCUGCUCAAAAUGGCACUGAAACCUGACGUGUGGCCACAAACCUGCGACUUGAAACUAUCGUGGUUAGACAAAGUAUUCGCGAGUGUUGACAACGCUCAGCCAAAUUAUGGAAACAUAUGCACUGCCUUGGAGCUGAUGACUCUGCUCCUUGGCGUUAUGAAGAGAGAACAAAUACUGUCGAGCUGUAAACCCUUGCAGAGAGGUUUGGGCGCAUGCAUUGCGAGCAGCAAUACCAAGGUCAUUCGAUUGGUCCACGGACUCUUGUCUCGCUUGAUGACCAUUUUUCCAACCGAACCAACCUCGUCGACUGUCGCAUCCAAGUACGAAGAGCUUGACACGCUUUACACGACAGUCGGCAAGUUUAUAUUCGACGGGUUGGCUGCUUACGAUAAAAACCCGUCUGCCGCUCCGAGCUCGUUGUUCGGUACACUGAUGAUGCUCAAGGCAGCCUGCACCAACAAUCAGAGUUAUAUCGACCGUCUGAUAACCCCGUUUAUGAAGGUCCUUCACAGGAUGGCCAAGGAUCACCUUCAUCCCGCUCAGCCAGAGGCUAACCCGGUUGGCAGCGAACUGCUUAUACUUAGUCUCGACUUGGUUAAAAAUAGAGUCGUCGUUAUGGGGGUAGAAAUGCGAAAAUCAUUCGUUGGCUCGAUACUCGUCGGUUUGAUAGAAAAAACUCAGGAUAUCAAAGUGAUGAAAGCGAUAACAAAGAUGCUGGAAGAAUGGAUGAAAAAUAAAAAUCCAAUCGCGAUGAAUCAGGCGCCUAGCUUGAGAGAAAAGUCGAUAUUGCUCGUUAAGAUGAUGCAGUACGUUGAAAAAAGAUUCCCUGAUGAUCUCGAGCUUAAUGGACAGUUCCUUGAGCUGGUGAACUACGUUUACCGUGAUGAAACGCUCAAGUCAUCUGAAUUGACAUCGAAACUCGAGCCCGCGUUUUUGUCCGGUUUGCGCUGUAUCCAGCCUCACAUAAGGGCGAAAUUCUUCCAAGUAUUUGACGGCUCAAUGCGGAGACGCUUGCAUGACAGAUUACUUUACAUCGUUUGCAGCCAGAGCUGGGACGCGAUGGGACCACAUUACUGGAUAAAGCAGUGCAUAGAAUUGCUGAUAGUUACCGCCAGUACAACGACUCAAGUACAGUUAGCGAACGAGGAUACUCUGCUACCCAGUAUCACGUCUGUAAUCAACAUGGCCGAUAGUGAGGAGCACAAAAAUUUCGUAAUUUAUACAUCGGUGAAGGAGGAACCUCGCGAUAUUUACGAAACUAACGAUGUUAAGGACGAAAUAUUGGAUAUGGAUCUGUCCGGUGGCGAUCCGGCUAUCGUGACGGAAGAAAUCACGUCAGUCAGAAAAGCUACGCUUCAGCAGUCAAUCGCCAAGCAAGGGGAGUUCCUCGAAGAGUCAAGGAAGAUCCGUACAGAACAACUACUUGUUGCAACAGCCCAGCUUUGCCACAUGGAUACAAAUUUGGCGGAACGCGUCUGGCUUGACACCUUCCCAAGAUUGUGGAGCAUUCUUGACGAGCACCAGCACAACACUCUAAUUGCCGAGAUGGUCCCUUUCAUAUGCAGCGGCACUCACGUUAUUCAGAAGGACUGUCAUCCCAGCGCUAUUGCCACCUUUGUCGAGGCAAUGUCGCACUGCGACCCGCCGGUUCCCAUAAGACCAGCGCUGAUGAAGUACUUGGGUCGGUCGCACAAUCUUUGGCACCGAAUGACGCUAAGUUUGGAACAGAUGGCCUUUGACAAUGGUAAUAAUCAGUUUAAAAAUAAGAGAGAAUCAGACUGCUAUGAUUUCGAACCGGACAAUAGUCCUCACGCCGAAAUCCUCGAUUCGCUGUCAGACAUGUAUUCGCUUUUGUGCGAGGAGGACAUGUGGUCCGGACUUUGGCAGAAGCAUGCUCACUACAAGGAGACCCUCCAGGCAACCGCUCUGGAGCAGCAAGGUUUCUUCGAGCAGGCUCAAAAUGCCUACGAUGUCGCCAUGACGAAGUUCAAGCAGGACUACGUGGCGACGCCAGCCCCGUUCAAGACCCAGCGUGAAGCUAUACUCUGGGACCAGCAUUGGAUACGAUGCGCCAAAGAGUUGAACCAGUGGGAUCUGCUCCUCGACUACGGGAGUAAAAAGGCUGAAAAGAAUCCUUUCCUCAUACUCGAAAGCUCGUGGCGAAUACCAAACUGGUCGAUGAUGAAGGAAGCACUUGCCCAGGUCGAGCAUAACUGCCCAAAGGAAAUGGCUUGGAAAGUGAACUUGUAUCGUGGCUUCUUAGCCAUCUGUCAUGGCGAGGAUCAACACCUCAGCGCUGUCGAGCGGUACGUUGAACUAGCAUCCGGGCUUUGUAUGAGGGAAUGGCGACGGCUUCCCCACAUCGUCAGUCACAUUCAUCUUCCCCUUCUUCAAGCAGCGCAACAAAUCAUGGAGCUACAGGAAGCGAUGCAGAUUCAUCAAGGUCUCUUACACGGCCGAACUUCAUCCUUACAUGACAUGAAAGCUGUCGUUAAAACUUGGCGGAAUCGUCUACCUGUGAUCGCUGACGAUUUGAGUCACUGGUCUGACAUAUUCACCUGGAGGCAACAUCACUAUACCUUCAUUUCUAACCACUACGACUCCCAGCAGGAUCAGACAACUAAUCAUUCCAUGCUGGGUGUCCACGCAUCGGCUCAGGCAAUUAUCCACUUUGGCAAAAUUGCGAGGAAACAUAAUCUCUCCGGUGUGUGUCUUGACUCCCUCUCCAGAAUAUACACGAUACCGAGUGUUCCUAUAGUCGAUUGCUUCCAGAAAAUAAGACAGCAGGUCAAGUGUUAUCUACAGAUGGCUUCUAUCACUGGAAAAAACGAACUGCAGGAAGGAUUGGAAGUCAUCGAAUCGACGAACCUCAAGUACUUCACGAAGGAGAUGACUGCCGAAUUUUACGCUCUGAAAGGUAUGCUUCUUUCACAAAUUGGCCGAUCGGACGACGCGAACAAAGCCUUCUCAGCCGCAGUCCAACUCCAUGAUACCUUGGUGAAGGCUUGGGCUUUAUGGGGUGACUACCUUGAGCACAUUUUCACACGUGACGCUAGACAAAUAUCUAUUGGCGUAAGCGCGAUAACGUGUUUCCUUCACGCGUGCAGACAUCAGAACGAGUCCAAGUCCAGGAAAUACCUGGCCAAAGUUUUAUGGCUGUUAACUUACGACGAUGACAAAUGCUCCUUGAUGGAGGCUGUUGACAAGUAUGCGGUUGGGGUGCCACCUAUUCAGUGGCUCCCCUGGAUACCUCAACUACUCAUGUGCCUCGUCAGGCACGAGGGUAACGUCAUACUAACCUUGCUCAGUCAAGUGGGACGAAUGUUUCCCCAAGCUGUUUACUUCUCGAUAAGAACACUCUACUUGACUCUGAAAAUCGAACAACGGGAAAGAUACAAAAGUGCAGAACUCGCAGCUGGGAAAUCUCACGACGGUACUGAAGGAAGAAACGCUGCCGGUGCUUCGGCCCACCAAUCUGCACCGGAAACUGCACCCAUCAGAGCAACUCCGCCCAUGUGGAGGUGUUCGAAGAUCAUGCACAUGCAGCGGGACAUUCAUCCGACGAUCCUCUCCAGUCUUGAGGGGAUUGUAGAUCAGAUGGUUUGGUUCAGAGAGACAUGGUACGAAGAGGUGCUCAGACAGCUUAGACAGGGACUGGCCAAGUGCUAUGCAAUUGCGUUUGAGAAUCGUGGUGCGGUUAGCGAGGCAACGAUAACACCUCAUACUCUUAAUUUCGUCAAAAAACUCGUUUCCACAUUUGGAAUUGGUAUUGAAAAUAUUUCCUCUUCUCAAAAUGUCAACAACACCUUUGGAUCUGCCGCUUCCGAGUCCUUGGCCCGCAGAGCACAGGCUACUGUUCAAGAUCCAGUAUUCCAGACGAUGAAGGGUCAGUUUACGAGUGACUUUGACUUCACCGUACCCGGUGCUAGACUUCUUCACAACCUGAUUAGCAAAUUGAAGAAGUGGAUAAAAAUACUUGAGGGAAAGACUAAGCAACUGCCAAAGUCAUUUUUGAUCGAAGAGAAAUGCAGAUUCCUCAGUAACUUCAGCUUGAAAACAGCGGAGGUCGAGUUGCCCGGAGAAUUCUUAUUGCCCAAGCAUUCUCAUUAUUAUGUACGAGUCGCUCGUUUCAUGCCUCGAGUCGAAGUUGUUCAACGUCACAACACAGCAGCCCGCCGUCUGCGAAUUCGGGGUCACAACGGCCGCCUUUAUCCUUAUCUAGUCGUGAACGACGCUGGAUUGGGAGACGCGAGGCGAGAGGAGCGGGUUCUGCAGCUGCUGAGAAUGCUAAAUCACUACCUUGCAAAGCAGAAAGAAACCUCCCGAAGGUUCCUCCACUUCACUGUACCGAGAGUGAUCGCAGUAUCGCCGCAGAUGCGGCUUGUCGAAGAUAAUCCAGCCUCCAUAUCGCUCCUCGACAUUUACAAACAGGGCUGCGCCAAACUCGGAAUCGAACACGAUGCCCCCAUCGCCAGGUAUUAUGAAAGACUCGCUACUGUGCAGGCCAGGGGGGCUCAGGCUAGCCACCAAGUUCUCAGGGACAUAUUGAAGGAAGUUCAAACCACAAUGGUAGCUAGAACCAUGCUCCGUGACUGGGCGGUGAAGAGGUUUCCAACAGCAACCGACUACUGGACCUUCAGAAAAAUGUUCACGCUGCAGCUAUCGCUCGCCUGCUUCGCCGAGUACGUUCUUCACCUGACGCGGCUAAACCCCGACAUGACAUACGUUCAUCAGGAUUCAGGUCUGAUAAACGUCGCUUACUUUAAAUUCGACGUCGACGAUAUCUCCGGAGAACUUGACGCUAACAGACCUGUGCCUUUCCGUCUAACACCCAACAUUCUUGAGUUUUUGACAAGCACCGGUGUUUCCGGUCCGCUCACCGCCAGCGCCAUUGCGACCGCUCGAUGUUUGGUUCAGCCAUCGUUCAAGGUUCAUACCAUUUUGCGAGCCAUUUUACGUGACGAGGUAAUUGCCGAACAUAGCAAGAAGCAGGAGGAUGCUGAGAACGCGUCUCAAGCGCCCCAAGACAUGAAGGGAGAACUGCUCAUCACUAUGGUUACUCGAGCUGUUACGGCGAUAGUAACGCGACUCAAUUCUCUUGCCAAUUUUGACGGUACCGACAGUAAGGUCGGAACUUUAGUUGCCGCAGCUAAUAGUCAUGACAAUUUGUGUAGAAUGGAUCCGUCGUGGCAUCCCUGGCUUUAAAAGGGUGGAACGAUACGUUUUCCAGAUUACAUUUUAGAUGUAAAUAAAACGACAUUUUCUCUGAAAAGAGAAGGUGAAAUCGAAAUGACGGGGUUGAAAUACAACGUGAAGUGUAAUAUACAGUAAUAUUAUUUUUUUUUUCUCUGAGUGUGUAAGUAAGUGUUUAAGUAAUUAUUAAUUAUGUACAUCUGUGAACAGUGAUUGGUCAUUAAACUACAGCAUUUAAGUAUUGUGAAUACUGUGUAAGUGAACGAAAUGCCAGCAUAAUGAUGAACGAGAGUGUACGCAACUGUAUACCUGUUAGUUAAAUACUAAUACUAUUUUUUUAUAAAUAGAUUACAUAAUCUUAAGUGCAGAAUAUAAGUACCUAAAAUGGAAAAUGAAAACCUAUCUCAAUCGUAAUUAUUCAAUAGUUUUAUUGGGAUCUUCAAUUGUAUAUAAUGUUACUCGUAAAUGGAAAUCAUUUUUGAUAUCGUUA